AUGUCUUGGCACCAGCUGAAGGCUUGCACGGGUCCGUCCACGGCGGACAUCACAUGGUUUCUGCACGGUAUUCGGAUUUUGCUAUUUGCUGGUGACAGCGAUUGCCCAGUGAAGGCGAAGAAGAGGGCAAUCGCGCUCCAUACCAAAGUGUUCCUCGUCGAUGACGCCGUCUUCUACAUUGGUUCGCGGAACCUCUAUCCGACUUCCCUACAGAACUUUGGCUACGUCGUUGAGAAUUCAGCCGCUGCGAAGCACUUCAAGACCGCCUUCUUCGAUCCCCUGUGGAAGUAUUCCAAGGAAGCUGCCAUCAAUGCGAGCAAAUGCGAGAUCUGA